CACAGAGAGAGAGUAAUGGACGACUUCCUCAAACGCAUCGAGUGCUACAAGGUCACUUAUCAACCGUUAGAUCCUGACAACUACGACAAGGACCUGUCGUUUAUCAAGGUGAUAAACGUGGGCCGGCGUUUCCUGGUGAACCGGGUGCAGGACUACAUCCAGAGCAAGAUCGUGUAUCACCUCAUGAACAUCCACGUGCACUCUCACUCCAUCUACCUGUGCCGCCACGGAGAGAGCAACCACAACGUGGAGGGCCGCAUCGGGGGGGACUCCGAGCUUUCUCCUCAAGGGAAACAGUUCGCCCACGCCCUGCGAGACUUCAUCGAGGAGCACCAACUGUGGGAUUUGAAGGUUUGGACGAGUCAACUGAGAAGAACCAUCCAGACGGCGGAGGAGCUCGGGGUUCCUUAUGAACAGUGGAAGAUUCUCAACGAGAUCGACGCUGGUGUGUGUGAGGAGAUGAGCUAUGAGAUGAUCGAGAACACUUUCCCAGAGGAGUUUGCUUUGAGAGACCAGGACAAGGAUCACUAUGGUUACCAAGGAGGAGAGUCCUACCAGGAUCUGGUUCAGCGACUGGAGACGGUCGUCAUGGAGCUGGAGAGACAGGGCAACGUGCUGGUCGUCUGCCACCAGGCCGUGAUGCGAUGUUUGUUGGCGUACUUCCUGGAUAAAAGUGCAGAAGAUCUGCCGUACAUGAAGUGUCCGCUCCACACUGUGCUCAAACUCACAUCUGUGGCGUAUGGUUGCAAAGUGGAACUGUUUUAUCUGAGCGUGGAGACAGUGAACACACAUCGAGACCGGCCCCUUGAUGAAACCCUGAGGGACUCUGCUCUCGUACCUCGGCGGAAUAGUUACACUCCCUUGUCCAGUCACGACCAGGUCAAGCGUCCCAGGCUCUACAGUGCAGGCAAACCGCCCUGGCUACCGCUUGCCCCCACGCCAUCAGCUCUGAUGCCAGAUGGCAAAGCCAAGUUACCCCAAAUAGGAAGCAGAUGUCUGAGUCCCUGUGUGAAGGAAUCGACUUUGACAGCUCCGAGGAAACUAGUGGCUGUGUCCGCUUCUGAGUGA